AUGGAGAAAGCAUAUGAAGGCCAUGUUGUGGUGUUGCCUUAUCCAAGCCAAGGCCAUAUCAACCCUCUUCUCCAGUUCGCCAAAAGGCUCGCAUCCAAAGGCCUCAAAGCCACCAUCGCCACCACCCACUACACCCUUUCCUCCAUCUCCGCCCCAUCUGUCACCGUGGAACCCAUCUCUGACGGCUUUGACCACGGUGGUUAUGCCCAAGCUCAAUCGGAGAAACUCUUCCUUGACUCCUUUAAAACCAAUGGCUCACGUACACUCACCCAACUCAUCAAGAAACACCAGACCACCACCCAUCCGAUUACUUGUAUUGUGUACGAUUCGUUUUUGCCUUGGGCUCUUGAGGUGGCUAAAGAAAAUGGGAUUCUUGGGGGGGCGUUUUUUACCAACUCCGCCACUGUGUCGGCCAUUUUCAGCCGGAUACAUGACGGGACGUUGAGGUUGCCGGUGAGAUUGGAGGAUUGUCCGGUGGUGUUGCCGGGGAUUCCGCCGUUGAAUUUGGAAGACUUGCCGAGCUUUUUGAAUGCACCGGAAAGUUAUCCGGCGUACCUGGAGAUGAAAUUGAAGCAGUUUUCGAAUCUGGAGAAGGCUGAUUGGAUUUUCAGCAACACUUUCCAAGAACUGGAACCUCAAGUGGUGAAACGAUGGGGGGAGCAAUGGCCAGUAAAACUAAUAGGUCCAAUGGUGCCAUCAACCUACUUAGAUGAAAGAAUUGAAGGUGACAAAGGGUAUGGUGCAAGUCUAUGGAAACCACUUGACUAUGAGUGCACCAAAUGGCUUGAAACCAAGUCUCAAAACUCAGUUGUGUACAUCUCUUUCGGGAGUAUGGUGUCCCUAACCCAACAAGAAAUGGAAGAAAUAGCGUGGGGUUUACAAAGAAGUGGGUUUGACUUUCUUUGGGUGGUUAGAGAUUCAGAGAGACAUAAGUUGCCAAAAGGGUUUCUUGAAUUCACCAUACAAAAUCAAAAAAAGGGUAUGAUUGUAAAUUGGUGCAACCAGCUCGAGAUACUUGCUCAUAGGUCAGUGGGUUGUUUCGUGACUCAUUGUGGGUGGAACUCGACACUGGAAGGUUUGAGCUUGGGCGUACCUAUGGUCGGGAUCCCAAAAUGGGCUGACCAACUGACUGAUGCCAAGUUUAUAAAAGACGUGUGGCGUGUUGGUGGUAAAGUUACGGUGGAUGGUGAACUAGGAAUUGUGAAAAGGGAAGAUGUUGUUACAUGUUUGAAUGAAGUGAUGAAUGAAGGAAAAAUGGGUUUGGAGAUCAAGAAAAAUGUACGAAAAUGGAAGGAACUGGCUAAAGAGGCAAUUAGUGAAGGUGGGAGCUCAGAUAAAGCCAUUGAUGAGUUUGUGGUGGCAAUAAAGACAUUUGCAAGAAAACAAAGAUGUCUGAUUUGA